UCCGAGCACCCAGCAGAGCACAGCCAGCUCCAAGGCAGCCACUGCAAGGCCCGCCCCUUCCCCCCAUCAUCAUUAGCAAAUAUUACCCUAAACACUUGCUCUUUACCUCCCUUCUCCCUCCAGGCAUUGGCGAGGCCGGCUGUCAAUCACGCGGCACCCCUGCACGGCUCAGCAGCAGCAGCGCAACAGCGGCGACAAGGAGGCAGCCGGAGCCCAGGGAAGGGAAGGGGAAAGCCAGCACCCGCCGAGAGAUGGAGGAGGAGAUGCAGCCAGCAGAGGAGGGGCCCUGCAUCCCUAAAAUCUACAAACAGAGGAGCCCCUACAGCGUCCUCAAAACCUUCCCCAGCAAGAGGUCCAUGGGGCUGGCCAGGAGGUACGACAGACCCACCAUGGUGGAGAUCCCACAUCUAGGGGCACCUGCAGGGCAGCAGCAGCACCAAGCACACUUUCAGCACCACCCAGCCUCCAUCAGCAACAGUGAUCACCAUCAGCAGCAUUAUCAGCAGGCUCACAGCUCCUAUCAGAAUGGGCCCACCAGGACAGCCACAGCCACCUCCUCCUCCCAGUGCCAGCAGAGGGGAGGUGCCCCAGCUGGGCACCAGGGCUCCAACAACAGGUUCUGCCAGCAGCCGGCCAGCCAGGGCUCCAUUGAACUCAGUGCAGAGAGUCGAAUGAUCCUGGAUGCCUUUGCCCAGCAGUGCAGUAGAGUCCUCAGCCUUUUAAACUGCGGAGGAAAACUUUUGGACUCAAAACAAUCUUUAGUCUCAUGUGUAAAACAGGAAAAUAACACUUAUGAGAGACCAGAUCAGUGCCAGCUCAGUAAAGCAUUUUAUAACCAACCUUCGGAGAAACCGGACAUUGAAAUGCAGUAUGUGCAGAAAAAGCAGCAAACCUCAGCUUUUUUGAGAGUCUUCACUGAUUCACUUCAAAACUACUUGUUGGCUGGCAACUUCCCGACUCGGAAUACCUCAUCCAACAAUGAUUAUGGACACAUGUCUGAUAUGGACGUUCUAUCUUCUUCUCCAGUGCAUACAUUGGGUGGCUGGACAUCUCCAGCGACCUCUGAAUCUCAUGGUCAUCCAUCCUCUUCCACACUCCCUGAAGAGGAAGAUGAUGAAGAAGGUUACUGCCCUAGGUGUCAAGAACUGGAGCAGGAGGUGAUUUCUCUGCAACAGGAGAACGAAGAAUUACGACAGAAGCUAGAAAGUAUUCCAGUGCCCUGCCAGACCGUCCUAGACUACUUGAAGACUGUACUCCAACACCACAAUCAACUAGUGAUACCGCAGCCAGUAGAGCAACCAACAGAGGGCAGCAAACAGCUGCUGAACAGCUAUCCUGUAUACAUCACUAGUAAGCAAUGGGAUGAGGCAGUUAACUCGUCUAAGAAAGAUGGAAGACGACUCCUCCGGUACCUCAUCAGAUUUGUAUUCUCAACAGAUGAGCUAAAAUAUUCGUGCGGCCUUGGGAAAAGGAAAAGGUCAGUGCAGUCAGGAGACACUGGUCCUGAAAGACGUCCUCUGGAUCCUGUUAAAGUUACAUGUCUCAGAGAGUUUAUUAGGAUGCAUUGCACGUCAAAUCCUGACUGGUGGAUGCCAUCCGAAGAGCAAAUAAACAAAGUUUUCAGCGAUGCUGUAGGCCAUGCUCGUCAAGGACGUGCUGUAGGUACUUUCUUCCAUAAUGGCAAUUCAUAUUACGAUGGAAUAGACCAUCACGUUUGCCAAGAGGAUAUCUUCAAUCGAAGCUCUCAUGAUGGAUCUGGAGAUUGAUGUCAAGAGAGGAACGGAAUUGAAGAUUUCAGAAAAACAAAGACAAGACGAACAUGAAGCGAGCAGAGUUAGCCACAAGAUGAACAAUAAUAGUGUAAUAGUCCAUUUAACGUGUCUUUAAUGUUUCGUACUGCAAAUGUGGCCAAGGACUGGUGGAGGACAACUGUGGAAGCUGCAAUACGUCUCCUUAUAAAAACUGCCCAAAGUGUGCUAUGAGCCAGAUGUAACAUGAGUGAUUAAGAAAGCGAACAUCGUGAUAAAGUUUCAGGGACUUGCUCUAGACCCUACGUUCUGACUGUUAUACUGUUGCUGAAUGCAGCAUAGUUUAUUGGUACAUGGUCUUCAGGCUCUGAUUGUGGCUGAACAUGUACAUGUUGGUCUGUUCUGUAGAAUUAGCUUUAAUAGAAUUCUCAUUUUCAUUCUAAACCUAGCUCUUAAGGACCAAUGGAUCUCCAGUUGCUUUGUACUAAAGCUCCAAUCACUCCUCAUAUUCAUAGCUCAAUAACAAAUUGUAGGGUCACAUACUGUUGAAUCCUGCAAGUCUACCUUGCAUUAAUCCUUCAGGACCAAGAUCAGCAAAUUCAUUGCUAUCAUGGAUGGCACUUCACCCAAGUCAUUGGUCUUGAAUUAGUUAAAUAAAAUAUUUUGGGUGGAAGAGAGUGGAAUCACAUAAUCAUAAUGUUAGACACUAAAAUAAAAAGUUAUAUAGUACACAUGGCAAAUGUAUGACAGUGACAUGUUAAGUUACACCUGAAAAUUAAAAAAAAAAAACAUAUUAAGAGAAACAUAUUAAAUUAUUGCAUUAAUCAGACAGUAUAUUAUAUAGUUAAAAACAACUAAAUUAUGGAUUGAGCCAGAGACCAAAGGGAACUGGAUUAACAAUUUUGGAAGUAAUGUAAACAUAUGUACGUUUUAUUUAAUAUUUUAUGUAAGUAAGGAUUAGACUUAUUUCUACCAUACCUCUCAAGUGUUCUUCUGAAGAAACACAUCUGUCUGUCUUCCUUAUUUAGUGUGUUUUUUUUUAUUUUUCUGGCAUGUGAGAAUGUGUAGUGUGUUUUUGAAUGUUUCGCAGUGGUAUACAGUAAUACAGCCACUAUAAUCUAUGAAUAGACCCCAGUAAAUGUGUGUAUAAAUAUAUACAAAUAAAUCAAUAAUACAGGUGAAUCAGUGUUAAAAUUAAUUGGCAGCACUUUCUGAUGGAUCAAAACUCGCCAGA